AGAAUUCCUGGGAAUUCUUUCAUUAAAUGGCAGACCUUGUUCAAUUUUAUAAUAUGAUAUAAAUUGUAGUACAAAUUUCAUGUCAAAGUUUCUCAUAUUAAACUUACACACACACACAGAUAACGCGGCUAAAAUAAAUUUUAUUUAGACUUCGUCUCGUGCUUCCAUGUGCAUACGAAAUAAGAACGUGUAUAUAUGAAAGUUUGCUUUCUAUACAAAUUGGGGUCCUACGCAUCAUGGCUACACAGCUGAACAGUUAUAUACAUUGGUACUACUUGAAAAAGUAGGUUUUCACUCGCACUCAAAACCGAGUGUCUAGCUCCGUACGUCAAAAACUUACACGUCGAAUUACGUGCACCACAAGAUCUCGUGUAUAUCGCGUAACAUCAUGCACACCUGACGCGACGAAUUCCACGAUCGCCGGCCUAACAGCGAAACCGUGCGCGCUGAGGCAAUGCACCGUCGGAAUAGCAAUGAACUGCGCAACGGAUGAUAGGUGUGGCACAUGAAAAAGGAAAGGAACACAUCGCGGCUAUACGAGCGUGUUGCUGAGUAGCUAGAAUAGUGUGCACGUGUACGUUCCGGAAGAAUGAAAACUCCCGAUGUGACUGGCUCCAACAUUGCUUCUGCUCGUCGAUGCGAAUCGUCGCCCUAAGGAAAUCACAGUUGGGCUGUGUGGAGGGUGCCCAUCGCAUCGCAGCCCUUUACGCGUAUACAGUGGCGCGUGUUAUCCCAUUUAUCUCAAAAGCGCAUCAUUCCUGCGCCUAUGCGUCUCCGUUUGUCGCGCGGUGAUCUACGUAGAGGCGGCGGUGGUGGGGGCGAAAGCAGCGGCGGCGGCGCAGGGGAGGGACGCGAGGCGCCAAGGGGGUUCCGUGCGCUGCGAACGAGAGAGUGAGGUUAGCUGUGUGUGUCGUGAGUGUGCGCGCGCUCGCUUUCUCUCUUUCUCUCUCGCACGCGCGCACCAAUUCGUGCUUCGUCUCGCUCGCUCUAGCCGUACAUACGCGCGCGCGCGUACGCAUGCACGCACGCACGCACGCACGCACGUACGACGGACGUACGUACGUACGUACGUACGCAUGCACGUACAUACGCACGCACGCAUGCACGCACGCACGCACGCACGGCUGUCGUGCCUUCUGUGUCUUUCGCGCGCGCUAGCUAGCUAACUCGUUCAUUCGCUUGCACGUUCGCCCACCCGCCCGUCUGACUGUCUGUCUGUCUGUCUGUCUAUCUGCUGUCCGCUUACCCGCCCGCCCGCCCGCCCGCCGUUCGCCUGUCCGUCCGUCGGCUGGCGCGCGCGCGCGCGUUAACGGAAUUCGCGAUCAGGCACGCAGGGACCACCGACUAAUGUUUAAAUGGACGCAUCGUCCAUCAUCACCCAAGUGUCGCGGGAUGACGAGAUAUGUGCGUUCAACAGCGAGAAAGCCCAAUUGCCAGGAGAAAAUGAAGCAGCCAGUAACAGCCCAUCUAGUGGCAAAAGAUCGAGGGAGAGAAGCCGUGGCUUCCUGCGUUCUCUAUUUUGCUGCCUUGGAAGGGGUCGAGGUGGCAGUUCGAGGAGUUCCAAGGCGAGUUCUCUACAGGGAGAUGGUCGAGGCUCGCCACCACCGGGGACUGGAUCUCCGAGGUUCCUGCUGCCGCCGGUUAGGCAUCAAGACAUGCACAAGAAGUGCAUGGUAAUCGACUUGGAUGAGACUCUGGUGCAUAGUUCUUUCAAGCCGAUCAACAAUGCGGACUUUGUUGUUCCUGUAGAGAUUGACGGAACAGUACACCAAGUGUACGUCUUAAAGAGGCCUUAUGUGGACGAGUUCUUACAAAGAAUGGGUGAAUUGUACGAAUGCGUAUUGUUCACUGCAAGCUUGGCUAAGUAUGCAGAUCCAGUGGCAGAUCUAUUAGAUCGGUGGGGUGUAUUCAGAGCAAGAUUAUUCAGAGAAUCUUGUGUGUUUCACAGAGGGAAUUAUGUUAAGGAUUUAAACAAAUUAGGCCGAGAUUUGCACCAGAUCAUUAUUGUAGAUAAUAGUCCUGCCAGCUACAUUUUUCAUCCAGAUAACGCGGUUCCAGUGGCGUCCUGGUUCGACGACAUGACGGAUUCCGAGCUAUUAGACCUGAUACCUUUCUUUGAGAAACUCAGCAACGUAAAGAACAUCUACACGGUGCUGUGCAACAGUAAUCAUCCAUACAAUCAAGUGACAACCGCGCAAACGGUGCCGAAUAAUCAGAACCCGCCAGAAUCAGGUUCGCUAGCUGCCUCCUAGCCCCACCUGAAUCCUGGCAACGCAGCCAGUCUUGUCGCUCAAUGCACCUUCCGGAGAAUCCUGAGGGGACUGCUUCACGUGACCCACUACUCGCUGUGCGGCCAAGGACCUCGAAGCGUCCCUCGUUGACCUGCGGGGGAACGUCCGAUCAGCGUGGUCGAAUGUCUUAUACCUUAAACGUCAUCCAGUCGACACAAUACCACAGCUGCUGGUAUCCAUCUUCCUGGCAAGCAACGCGACGAAGACUGAGUCAGCUUCGAAGCGCGAGUGUUCUUCCAUUUUGCCACCGUUGAGGACGACGAACUGUUGUGCCGAUAUUCCUGUGCACGGGCAGGGUGAGAAACACAAGCUCGGUGCGUUCGGGAAAUAAACCUGGCGAAGGAUUGCGAAGAGUCAAUCUCGGGCAGAAGUUACUUGCGAGAAGUCGACAAUCGGUCGCGAGAAAGAAGAAAACGAUGAUAAUAGAGUGACUGGGAUAGCAUCUACGGAUGCUAUCUUAAUUCGCUGUCCGGGAUAGCGAAUGGGUGCAAAGGUAUAUUAAAAAAAGAGAGAGGGGGAAGGGGAGAAAGAGCUAAAAGAGAAGAAUCGCUCUGAGUCGUUUGAUGGGCCAUGUUGUGUUGUUGCCGUCGUUCAGUUCUUGUAUUCGAGCCAAAACAUCGCAAAGCUUUGUUCGAUUAGCAUUACGAAGAAGAUACCAACGUUCCGAUCACGUUUUUAAAUGCUUCUAAUGCAACUUGUAGGAUACGUAAAAAAAAGAGGGUAACAGUAGCAGAUAGAAUUCGAAAUGCAUGAGUAUUUUAUUUUGAUUUUGAUUUUAAUUAUUUCAAUUAUAAUAUUUCAAAAUUUCUAAUAUUUCAAAGUUUUGAAUUUAGCACUAAACAUUAUGGGUCUUGGAAUGCGUGGAUACAAGAAGCCAAGAUCAUAGAUAUUAAUACCUAACUUGAAAACACAUACAGAAAGUUGAAAAUUCAAAGACUUCUAAAAUUGGUAUUCUAAAAUUUUGCAGAUCUAAGUAUUAUAAAAAAGUAUAGGAAUCUAGAAAUAUUAUGCGUCGUCUACAAUGGCAAAAGGAGUAGUAGUAAGAAAUAAGCAGUAAGUAAAUAGACCAAUCACAAUCGAUUAUUCUUGAAUCGUGAGAAUGAAAUUGGUCAAUUUGCUUACUGCUUAUUUCUUACUACUACUUCUACUGCCAUUGUAGACGACGUAUUAUACAUCCUUAAAGAGUAAAAGUUUCUAUGUUCAAAGUUUUGCGACAUUAAUCACUAGAACAUUUGAAAAGCCAAGUGUACAAACUAGAUUUCAAAAUAAUCAAAAGAGAAAAAGAAUUUGAUGAAGAUAAAACAUAUAUUGUAACUCUAAGGUUUAAAAAAGCUCAAGCUUGUGUAAUAUAUAAUUAUCAGCGAUAGAGCUAUCUCUCUCUUAACACUGCCGAUCGUUGUAAGAACAACGAUUUUUUAGUCGCGUAUUCAGUCAAAUAAGCUUUCACAUCCACGUAUUUAUUAAGAGUAUCGCGAAUUAAGAGGUAAAUUUCGUAAAUUAUUAAUUUUUUAUAAAUACUAUAUAUUUGAUUUCUACAAAACAAUAAUUUUUAAUUGAUUCAGAUUCAUAUUUCCUCAAUUGUAAAAAAUGUGAUUGAAAAUAUUUUAUUGUGUGAAAAAAUGUUAAGUAUCUUAAGAUCUACGCAUCCAAGAAACCAUAACAUUGAAAUUAUCAGUAAAUAAAGUACUAACAAGGAAGAUCUGACAACUCGAAGCUUCUUUGUAAGAUCUGUAUAUUUGCAGAAUAUAUUUAAUAAAAUUAUUUCUUUCAAGAAAAUCACAAAUAUUGAGCUAAGCAUUUCAUAAAUAUUGCAUUUUAAUAAUAUAUUAAAUAUUUCCUGCUACUGUACGCCUUUUGUGCUGGACAUUCUGUACAUUUAAAAUAAGCAUUUAAAACGAGGCGAUAUUUGAAUUUUGCAGAGUACAUGCUAAAACAUUUCUUAUCAAUUCUUAUCAACCCUCCACUCUGCCGCUUGUAAACAUCUGUUUUUAUUUAUCAAGCUCAUUGUCAAAUAUAUAAUCAUAUUCUUAUAAGUAUUUAUUGGGAAUAUUUUAAUUAUACUUAUAAGAAAUAAACAUUAGUAUUAUUAUUUUAUCCAACAGCAAAAUCUUUGUUUUAUUUUUUGUCACAAAGUUUCAGCGAAUAAAAAAUGGCGAUAAAAGGUGUGUGAGGGUUGAAAACUGUUAAUUAAAUUCAUCAAAGAAUGCCAAUUGAUUCGCAGAAACUUUGAAAAAGUUGCAUAGUUGAUCAGUUUACUAAGCUGUCUUGCUGAAGACAGAGAAAAGAACAAAUAAAAUAAUCAAUCGAAUAAUUAUGGAUCGUAUUGUUGCCAAUGUUGAUAAAUUAAAAACUGGGCCAAUGCAUAUCAUUGUUUCCCUCCAAGCUAAUGAAGUUGCGUCACAUUUGACCAUUCGUUUUUGGAGCAAGAAAAUGAUAAUCGGUGCUAUUUUGUAGUAACUUGAACUGCAUGCAUUUUUUUAUUAAUUUAAAUUUUCCGAGAAUUUUGGCUUAUUAAAAAAAUGUAGAGAGAGCAAAAUUUAUUAAUUACUUUCUCAAAAUCCAAACGAAUAAUACAAUUGUACUGUAAUAAAAAAUUUACUGUACUAAAGUUUUACUUCAUUUUAUCAUUAAUAAUCGUCGAUACGAAUUGUCCGAUACUCGUGAUUGUCGGUGACGUAUCAUCUUAUUUCGUAAUAUUUUUACGAAAUAAAUCAGGGAAUUGAGAGGAAUUGAGAGGGAAUAAGUGCUGUAAAAUUAGAUUUCUAGCUUUUUGACACUAGCAAUCGAUUUUAACGUUUGCAGGUUACUGUUUUUUUAACUUAUAAUUUUAAAGACAAGACGAUAUCUGACAAUUAACAUUUUCUUGUCCCAAUAAAACGAAUCGCACGACAAUGUCACUAACAAAUUAGAAUAAUUUAGAUGUAGCCCUUGAGGGGCAAUAAGCGAUGGUAUAUCCUUACAUAUGUGCAUAUAUUUACUAACGCGUCAUUUGUACACGAUUACAGCUGUUUGUUCGAAACAUAACGAAUGUACAAAAUCCAUUGUACUACCAUAAUCAACUCAAAUUGUUAUUAUUCGUGCUUUUACCUCUGUUAAUAUUAUAUUAUUUUUAUUUUAUAUUUACAUAUAUAUAUAUAUAUAUAUAUAUAUAUAUAUAUAUAUAUAUAUAUAUAUAUAUACACAUACAUACAUUCAAACAUGUGUGUACUCACACAUGUACGCCCGCAGGCAUAUGUGUGUGCGUGUAUACACGUAUGAACACGUACGUAUAUAUCGGCGCUAAUGUCGUCACUCCAAUGCAAAAUUGUAUAUUUAAAUCUUGAAUUUGGAAUAAAAAGAGAAAUGAGUUUUUACUCUGUACACACUUCUCUGCUACUAAAAAAUACAAAUUCUACUCACUGUUAACAAAGAUCGCCUAAAUCAAUUAUUACGAUGAAAGAAACGAGUUCUUCGAAUUUGCAUUGAAAUAAUGACAUUAUUAUCGAUAUAUUCAGUGAGUUAUUAAUUAACUUUAUUAACUUCUAAUGAACUCGGUUGCGACUGGUUUAUUUUCUUUCUUUCAUCUGACUGGAAAGUAGAUAAAAACUUGUAAUACGACUAAUAAGGAGAUGAUCCCUUAUAAUAUACCCGCCAUAAGAACGACAAAAAAGCAAGCAUCUCUGUAAUCUAAGAACGUAUAUAUGCUUAGAGCUCUAUCUGGAAUGCAAAAUUUUGAGUUAUAAAAAUUUAAAGAUUUAGUACACUAUAAAAUCUAAAAGCACAAGAGAGUGCCUGAGUAUCAAAUACUAUUUGUACAUCUAAAAAUGCUAUUAACACACAAUCAGAAAUAUUGACAUAUAAUUUUUUACUUUUAGUCUCUCUAAGAAUUACAUAAAUCACGUAUACAUUAUUUAUGAGUGAAAAAACGUAGUUUGCUUAUGUGACAUUAAUGAAACAUCUCCAUGUGUACUAGAAAUCGCUUUUGAUAAGGAACUACUUUGGAAAAGCACAGCUAUCGGUUAUAGAAUAUUUAUUCUUUAUAUUUUCGAGUUAUAUAUUUGAUUACCAGAGAGAGUGAGAGAUAUCUGCCCUUUCAUUUUGUGGCGCAAUUCUUGGACUACUUUGUACCUUUUAGUGUUUUAUUAGUUUUUUUUAUCGAUGUAACGAUAGUUCGGAAGAAUCCGAUCGUUCGAAUUAUUGUUUCUACUUAAACUAGCAAGAGAUUUAUUGAAGAGAUUUUUUUAUGCGGCUUCCAAUUCUUCCAUCUUUCUGUACUUAGUAAAUGUACCGAUGUUUUUUGUAAGGAUUAUAUAUACACACUACGCGUGCGUAUAAUGUAAUGUUCCCAUUAUAUAACGCCCAUCGAAACGACUCCGUAUGACUGUCGUACGUUUGUUCCGGAACAAAUCUCUGUAUGAUCCAAGGAUCCUAGAAUCCAUAGAUUUAAAUAUCCGGAAAGCGAAAAGCAAAAGUAGAGAAUUGAAAAAAUUUGUCGUCUUGAUCUAUGAAUUUGUUUGAUUAAAGAGAACUACGAAUAUUAAAAUGAAAAAGUCGAAUUUUCUAUUACAAAUACCCAAAAAUAUAUAUGAAUCUAUUGAGUCAAGUAUGUACAAUGAUUGUACAAUUCAUGAUAAUUAGCAAAAUUCACUAGUAGAAUAAUGUGAUUUUAAAAUUAAAGAAGUCAUGGAUAAAAAAAUAAACAAAAAAAUUAAGGAUAAAGAAUUUUGGGUUCAAGGAUUCAAGGAUGCAUUUUAGCUAUACUACAGCAUUACUAUUACGUUGCUGCGUAUGAAAAAUCCGUUUUUUUAUUUAUAUCAACUAAUCUUUCGAGUAGUUGAGUUGAAGGUAGAUUAUGUUAAUAAUAGAAUAAAAUUUAUAUAUAAUCACAUAGCGAAAGACGCACGCGUGCACACACCACACACACACACACACACACGCGCGCGCGCGCGCGCAUACACGCAUACACAGCUGUGCAAGAAAUUUAUGAAAAAAGCUGUGCAAUUUUUAAGCGCCCAUUAUUUAUUUUUUAGAAAAAAACAAUCUAUAAGCUAGAGGCUUCUUUUAUAUAUAUAUAUAUAUAUAUAUAUAUAUAUAUAUAUAUAUAUAUAUAUGUGUGUAUUUAUAAGUUGUUUUAAAAUUUAGUUAUAGAAUUUAGUUAUUAAUAAAUAUAUAUAUUUUCUUUUAUAGAUAUGUCAAUUAUACGUGCGUUUCGGAUUGUUGUAUCUAAUUUCACUAAACUACUGUGUACAUUCAAAGCGAUUCGUGCUUAUAUCAAGUUGGUAUUUUAAUAAUUGUUAACUAAGAAAAAAUAACUUUUCAUCGUGCUGUAAAGAGAUCUCUAGAACUGAAGAUAAUCAUCAAGAAAAACAGAGAUGCAAUAAUCUAAAAAAUCAGGAAUAUAAAUUUAAAUAUCUCGAGAGAAUUAAAACGCUGUGUGUACAGCUGAAAAUCGAUCAACGAGUUCUCUAGGCUAAUUAGUGACAAAAUCUUUAACAUUUCAUACGCAAGCACGUAAUACCUCAAUCAUCCUAAUAUCUCAAGUAAGCAAAAAUUCGGGUGAGAUAAUGCGUUGCCAAUAAUGUUCUCUCUCUCGAAAUCGCGAUUAGGAUUCCAAGCCGCCGUACUGUAUAAUGAAGAGACAAACAUGUAAAAAUACAUACACAUAUAUAAAUAGAUAAAUACACACAUACACACACAUACAUUUUCAAAACGGCAGAGACCGCGCGUGUAUAUGUGCGUAUGUGUGUGUACGUUUGUAUGUACUCUGUAUGCGUGUACGUAUGUGUAAAAAGAAGAAUAAGAAAAUGAAAAAAUAACGUUCAAGUCUUUCGCCGAGCGAUGGCCGUCGAGAUUCGUUGGGACUUUUUAUAUACAGUCAGAAAAUUUCUUAAUAAAAAGAAAACAUACGGAAAAGAAAAGGAGCGAUAAACAAGCGCGUGAUUUUUGUGUACUGUACAAUUAGGAAUAAUUGUAUCGUUAUUGCAAAUUGUAUAAAGGUCUCUUUUUUCAUGAUUUAUUGUUAACCCGUUGAAGGCCCCCAUCGCCUUUUCAAUUGCAAUAAAGUGGCAUAAUCCUGUUAUUCACGUUGCGCAUUUAAUAUUAAAUGCGACCUCGGCCCAGAGCUCUCAGUUUUGUUACAUCAGCAGCGUUGAGGCUCACGGACACGGGCGCUCGCUUGUAAGUUCGCCCACCGUGCUGCCAGCGUGCUGCUAAUGUAACAAAACUGAGAGCUCUGCCUCGGCCCACUAUUGCAUCAAAUAUUGUCUCCGUAUUGGACAAUUGUGAUUUAUUUAUUUACAUUCGUAACAUCGGAAAUAAAAAAAAUUAAUCGUAUAUACACAAUGCACUCUUGUAGAAGCACGUGAAAUAUCUUAGAAAGGAUUUGAAUUCAAAGUCAGUCUUGGAGAUAAAAUUUUGUUGUAAAACGAGGUAAAAAUUGUUUCAAGACCAGAAUAAUGUAUCUUCUCAUUGAUAAUAAAUUUUCUAUUUAUAUCUUUUAACAGAAUAAAAAAUUAUAAAAUUAAAAGUAUAAAAUCUGCGAAGGUAAUGAAACGUGCAUUGAACGCUACUACAUGGAGUGGUUCACCUAAUAUUACUACAUGGAAUAUUUUUUUACAUCAUAUUAGAGCAAAUAUCACCUAAAAAAAAUUUAAAGAAAGUUGAUAUAUAGUUAUGCGAGUAAAGACCAUGAAAUGGUUCGGAAUUGCAUAACGUAUGUAAUAAUGAAUAUUGAAGUAUCCCAGUAUUAGUAAUCGAUAUGUUACUAAGAUUAUAUCCAUACAUAUACAUAUCUCGUAUAAUAGACAAUUUUUGCGAAUUUCAAACAUGUGACUCCAUUCUAUAAUUUUUAAUCCUACUUUUCGAAUUUUUGUCAUUAUUACGCAUACUUUUACGAGAGUGCAAUUCAUUACAGGGAUUUCUGUCAAUUCCAUCGUCUUUUGACGUAAUCAAGAUGUGUGUGUGUGCGUGUGUAUGCGUGCGUGUAUGUGUGUAUAUAUAUAACUAAAUCGAUUAUUGUGUAUAGCUUUAAAGUUCAAGAUCAGUCGCCACAUUUAACGACAAAUACGGCGUUAACCAUAGAAUACUAAUCGUAUUUAUAGGAAAUCAACAUUAAUUAACCGCGUUAAAUUGCAAUUUCUUCCCCAAAAACGUGAUGAAGAAAAAAAAUAAACUUUUUAUUAAGAA